AUGCCAUCAAUUGAAGAAAAUAAUAAUAUUAAGAAUAUUAAUAAUACUAUUCAUAAUAAUGGUACAAGUAAUAAUAAUGAUAUAAAUAAUAAUGGUACAACUACAACUUCAAAUUCAAUUUCACCAAAUGAUGAAUGGUUUAAACCAUUAGCAAUUGAUGAUUAUUUAACAAUAAAUGAAUUAUCAAGAAAAAACGUACCUAAAGAAAGACCAUAUGAUAAAACUGAUAAAUAUGAUGAAUAUGAUAUAUCAUGUGGUCCAAUUUUAAGAUUAGCAGGUACUUUAGAAAAUGGUCAAAAAAAUUAUAGAGGUUCUAUUUUAGUUGUUAUUAGAAAUUGUCCUAGUUCUCCACCAAUUAUAAAAUAUAAAAUUGGUCCUGCUUCUUCUGAAAUAGGUACUUCUGAAUCAUUUUUCAAAACUGGUGAAUUUCCAGUUACUAAAUUUUAUGAAGAAGAUGAAUUUACAUUUUUUAGAUAUACUAUUGAUUUGGAAAUGGUUGAUUAUGAACAAAAAAUUCAAUAUUAUAUAAAUAAUAUAUUUAAACCAAAUUUUCAAUUUUUUAUACCAAGUUAUAAUGAAAGUUUAAAUGUUAUUUCAGUAUCAUGUAAUGGAUUUUCAUUAGCUUGUGAUGCUAAAGAAUAUCAAUCUUCUUUAUGGUUAGAUGUUUUGAAAAAAACUUCAAAACAACAUUAUCAUGUUAUAUUGGGAGGUGGUGAUCAAAUAUAUUGUGAUUCUAUUAAAAUGCAUUCUGAAAAAUUACAAGAAUGGUUAGAAAUGAAAAAUCCAUUAAAAAAAAGAUCCGUCCCUGCAACUGAAGAUGUUAUUAAAGAAUUUAAUAAAUAUUAUUUACAUCAUUAUAUGGAUUGGUUUGGUAAAGGAUUUUGGAAAGGGAAAAAUUCUAAUGUAUUAGAAAGUUUAUUUCCCUUAGCAAUGUCACAAAUUCCAAGUUUAAAUAUAUAUGAUGAUCAUGAUAUAAUUGAUGGAUUUGGAUCAUAUCAUGAUUCAACAAUGAGUGCACCAAUUUUUACAGAAGUUGGUAAUGUUGCUUAUAAAUAUUAUAUGUUAUUUCAACAUCAAAUGAAUCCAGAAGAAAAAUUACAUUUACAAGAUCCUUCAUGGCUAUUAGGUUCUAAAACUGGUCCAUUUAUAAAACAAAAAAACCAUUCAGUAUUUACAAGAUUAGGUAAAGAAAUUGCUUUAUUAGGUUUAGAUUGUAGAACUGAAAGAAAAUUAAAACAAGUAGUUGAUCCAUCCACAUAUAAAAUUGUAUUUCAAGAAUUAAAUAAAAAAUUAGAAACUAACGGAGAAGUUAAACAUCUUUUAGUAAUGUUAGGAGUUCCAAUUUUUUAUCCAAGACUUGUAUGGUUAGAAUGGUUAUUAACAUCAACUGCAUUAGCACCAGCUAGAAAAUUAGCACAAAAGGGUUUAAUAAACAAAGGAUUAGUUAAUGAAUUUGAUGGAGAUGUAGAAGUAUUAGAUGAUUUAAAUGAUCAUUGGUGUUCAAAAUAUCACAAGAAAGAAAGAAAUAAAUUAGUUAAAGAUCUUAUGGAAUUUGGUGCAUCAAAGGGAAUAAGAAUUACAAUUUUAUCAGGUGAUGUCCAUUUAUGUUGUAUUGGUAGAAUGAAAUCUAAAUAUCAUAAUCAUCCAAAUGCUCAUUUAAUAAAAGGUUCAGAAAUUAUUAAACAACAAAAUCAAGAUUUAUUACAAAAUCCAGAACAUGAUCCAAGAUUAAUUUUUAAUGUUAUAUCAUCAGCUAUUGUUAACGCACCACCUCCUGACGCAAUGGCAACAUUAUUAAAUAAAAGAAGUGGUGAACAUCAUUUUAAUAAGGAUACAACUGAAGAUAUUGUUCCAAUUUUUAAAAAAGAUGUUGAUGGAUCUUCAAGAAAUAAUCAUCGUUUUUUAAAUAAAAGAAAUUGGUCAGAUUUAGUAUUAGCUAAACAAUCAAUAGAUUAUAAACAUUUGUUUAAUUCAGAACAAAAUGGUGAAACACCAGUAGAUGAAGAAGAAGCACAAGAAAAAGCAGUAUUAAGAAAAUUACCACAACCUAUAUUAAAUUCCACAAAAGAUAUAACAAAAGAUGAAUUAUCUCAACUGCAAAAAAUCGAUUCUGCUCAUAUUCAAUAUCCAUUAUUUUCUGAUUCUUUGGUUACUAAUUUAAGAGUUGAAACUGAUCCCUCUGAUUUAGAAAGUGGUUCAACUAGGUAUGAAAUUUUUAUACCUAAAUUAGCUGGGAGUUAUAAGUUGGAUAAAGCACCUGUUAAACAUGUUGAUGUUUAG